AUGUUCCUAGGUUACACACCCGUCGUUUUCGUCGGGCUUAUGUCUCUUUCCCAAGCCUUCAACCUGUGGCCUCUAGUUGAGAGUGAAGGUCUGUCUAAUGUCCUCCAAAUCCCCACUAGCUGCCUCAGUGCCUUGAACGCCACCGUAACAUGCGAUCAGGACCUGUUCCAGCGCACCGUCAACGUGGAUGGUCUCUGG